UUCCUCUUCUUCCCCUCCUCCGUCUUCUUUGAUUUCUCAGCUCUCGCCUCUUCUCUUCCUUCAAAUGGACACCAUUUAAGCCCUCUCUUCAUCCUUCAAGGACCCAAAAUAAAUUAAAAACAGUAAGAUAACCCAACAAAAAAAAUUUUUAAAAAAAACAAGAAGAAGAAGGACAAAAACCUCGGCCGAGGAGAGUGUCAGUGGAUUUUGCGAGUCCGAUCAUGGCGGUGGUUGAGAAUGCUGGAAUCAACGUGGUCGGUUCAUCCAAUCGUGCUGACUCGAAUGGUGCUGCGCAAAAUGACGUCGUCGGAGGCGAUCAUCACCACCACCUCCACCUUCAUCAUCAGUCCACAAUGACCACGCCGCCGGCCGCCAAUCACCCCAACCCAAACCCUCCGAUGCUCAGGUCAACGAAGCCACCGCCGUCGGCUGCUGCCGAUCAAACCUUCAUCAACCUCAUGGUCCAGCAGCAGCAGCAGAUGAUUGCUGCCCACCAGACGCCUUCUAGUGCUCCGCCCGCUGCUCCUGCUGCUACCAAUCAGAAGCCCCUUCCUAACUCGGGCAUUCAGCAUCACCAUAACAUCAACGGCAAUGGACUGCCUAACCGGAAUCACAGUGACAAUAAUAACAACGGCAAUCAACAUCAUCAUCACCACCAGAACAUCAAAGGUGUCGAUAUGAGGAGGAAUGGUGGAGUUGAUGACGACGACGACGACGAUGGUGGUUCUGAUGACGGUGGAGAGGGGUUUAAGAGGGAAAUGAGGGAUUUGGAGGAGAUGCUCUCUAAACUCAAUCCCAUGGCCGAGGAAUUUGUUCCUCCGUCUCUAGCCGCCGUCAAUCACCAUCACAGGCUGUUGCCCCCAGCUGCAGGGCACUUUGGUUUCAAUGCUAACAAUUUUUUGAUUCACACCAACUCCGGGAUUCCCACUGCAAAUUCAGCUAGAAGGAAGAAGAACAACUAUAGUCAUGGAAAGCGAAGAAUGAACAGCAGAACUAGUAUGGCUCAGCGAGAAGAUGUAAUUAGGCGGACUGUAUAUGUAUCUGACAUUGAUCAUCAGGUUACUGAAGAGCAACUUGCUGCUCUCUUUCUUAGUUGCGGACAGGUUGUGGAUUGUCGAGUCUGCGGUGACCCUAACUCUGUACUUCGUUUUGCCUUCGUUGAGUUUACUGAUGAGGAAGGUGCAAGGAAUGCUUUAAGUCUGGCAGGCACCAUGCUUGGAUUUUAUCCUGUUAGGGUUUUGCCUUCCAAAACUGCAAUUGCUCCUGUCAACCCAACAUUCUUGCCCAGGUCUGAAGAUGAAAGGGAGAUGUGUGCAAGAACUAUUUAUUGUACAAACAUAGACAAGAAGGUUACUCAAGCAGAUGUUAAACUGUUCUUUGAGUCCAUAUGUGGAGAGGUUCAUCGUCUAAGGUUGCUGGGUGACUAUCAUCACUCAACUCGUAUAGCUUUUGUUGAGUUUGUGAUGGCUGAGAGCGCAAUUGCAGCUCUGAACUGCAGUGGCGCAGUCUUGGGUUCACUUCCGAUAAGGGUAAGCCCGUCAAAGACUCCUGUUCGACCGCGUGCUCCUCGCCCACCUAUGCACUGAAGUCCUUGGCACUUGCUUUAUGCUGAUCUUCUGCUGAUGAAUAUAUAUAUAUAUAUAUAUAUCUCCAUAUCUAUAUAUAUGCAUACAUAGAUACAAACACAUUUUAAGGUACUUUGUCACGUUUACGUUUAUUAGUUUUGUUCAUUGCAUAUGAGCUGGGUACCUCCCAGCCUCCGGGGGAAGGUAUUGAUCGUUGUCUGCUUUUAGCUUGUAGAGUUGGACGGGGUUGAAUGGUGAAGUUGGUUUAAUUAUCAUGUUACGUCUGUGGCCAGUGCAAAACUCUUUGAUGUUUCUAACUCAAAGAUCCAUGAUUUAAUCUUACAAGCUUCUUUCAUUGUUUAUCAA